CGCAUCAGGGACCAGCGCUGUAUUGAUCAUCUAAAUCAUCUCAGCAGCCUGGUUUGAUCUGUAGGCCUGAUGCAGCCUGGAUACAAGUGAAAUCCUCACUAUGAUGCAUGUGUUUGACCCUUUGGUAUUAGGAUCCAGAAGUACCAUCCAGCCAGAUUAUGGAGAUGACGGUGAAACCCGAAUGCCUCACAGCACCCAGGAAGAAGACCAAUAUUUAACAUGACAUUUGACCUUUGCCUAUCACCUCCUGUGACAGAGCGACUGCAGGAUGACGGGCUGAGUCAUGAACCCAUGGACCAGGAAGAGGUGAAGCUCUGUUCUUCCCUGUUCAUGAGAAGAUGAUUUUCAACUGAUGCUGCGUUUUUUUGAUUUGUGGAGCUUGCGUUGCGUUGAUUUCUACAAGCCUGGCCCCGGGUCAUGUUGAUGAUGGCAGUCGUCUGAACUGAGCUAACGUAACGUUCUCCAGACUGUGAGGUUUGAAAAACUGGCGCACAGCUUCUGACCCCCCCCCAGGAUUAUAUUAUGAGGCUCUGCAGGGAAGCCGGUGCUUAGUCAACUUGUUUGGCAGUUUGGUGGCGCAGACGCAGUUCAGUGAACAGCUGCAGUGGAUCCUUGGUGGAAAGAAAUGACUCGUAUCACAAGAUCUUAAUAGUCUGCAGUCAGCAAUGAUAAGAUGCAAUAUCUUUAAUAUGGAGGGGCAAGGAAAUCCUCUGUCAGCCGCGGUCUGCACUCCUGCUUCUCAGAAACUGAUGUUCUGAUCUGCUGCAUGGAGGGCAGAGAGCAGAUACAACGGAUUCAGUGAAAAACGGGAAGACUAAGAGACCGUUCUGACUGUCAGGGGAGGGAAGACAAUCUCGUACUCUGACCUGUUUGUUCUGUUUUUAACGGUCAUGGGGCCGAACCCCAGCAGGACCACCUGACUGGACCAGGGAAUGGUCAUCAGCUCGAUAAAACUCUCUGUUUGGAGAUCGCAAGGGCAAGGUCCAUCUUGAUCUUCAAUUCAGAACUCAAAGAAGAAAAAGUCCUCUCCCCCCCACUUACCUCUGGUGGGGGGGAGGGUGAAGGGUACUUUUAUUUUUCAGUUGUAGGAAUUAGGGUUUAUUUCUCCCAUAAUACGUUUUGGCUUGCAGUGUAGGCUGUAGAGUACGGCUCUUUGGUGCUAAGGCUUCCUCUUCGUGUUCAGGUAGUUUUAACCUCUGCCCUGUGCCCUGUCACCACUCUGUGAGUUAGCCUUUGGCUCUGCACCGGCAGUAGCUGUGACUCAGGCAGCAUUUCGUCCAGUGUAGAAGGUUAGCAUUAAGCCUCAGUGCUGACUUGAAUUGUACUACCUGGAUCUAAAUAACUGUGACAGCAUUUAGGCUCUUUACUUUGAAAUUUAGCAUUAGUGAACGUUCUCCACUGGGCAAUUCCACAGCUGUUUUUUAACCUGAGGUCUCCUAGCCAUUAGCCUGUGUGCUAACUUCCAGACCUACUAGUCAUGGAUGCUAAUCAGGGUCCAGGCCAGGGCAGCCCAGAAAGUCCUAACCGGGCCGUGGAGUAUCUUCUUGAGCUCAACAACAUCAUCGAGAGCCAGCAGAAGCUUCUAGAAACCCAGAGGCGCCGAAUUGAGGAGCUGGAGGUCCAGCUGGACCGGCUCAGCCAAGAGAACAAGGACCUGCGUUUGGACCGGCAGCCCGUCGCUCCUCCUCCGCCCGCUCCUCCUCCAGAGCCUCCUCUCCCUCCACCUCCGCCGCCGCCUCCUCCAGCUUCGACUUCCACUUCCACUAAGAAUCACCAUCACCACAACAGCCAACACCAGGGUCCAGCCCAGCCUCCCUCCUCCAUCCCCCUCCACCACCAGCAUCAUCAUCAUCAGCAGCACCACCACUCCUCCACCCACCACUCCCACUCCUAUAACAGCACCACUCCGACUUCAAUUUCAGUUCCUCCUCCAACCUCCGGCCCGACUUCCAUCUCUGUCCCGACCCAAAUUCCAGCUCCAGUCUCUUCCUCAGCCCCGGCUCCUCCUCCCCCGCCUCCGAUUCCACCCAGGGAUCAGCCGCGGGCCCACAGCCGGCUUACCCGGAUGCCCUCCACCAGCACUGGCACCAACACCAACUUUGUAGAGAAAGAGAAGGAAAGGCUGGAGCGCCUGCAUAGAGCCAAUGCUGCCAACAACCAUCACGCCCACACCCUCCACCACCACAAAUUGUUCGUUUGAAAGAGUCG